CUCGUGUAACAGAUCUUCACGCGGUGCAACAACAGCUCAGAACCUUCUCGAAAGGUUUGGAGUUCCAAAAAAAAAAAAAAAGAAAAAGAAAAAAGAAAAACCCACAUCAUGAGGUUCAAUAAGUUUUUCAUAUUGUCCGUCGUUCUAGUUGCUAGUUCAUUGAGUUUCGUUUUCGCUGUGAAUGAUGACGUGAAUCAGCAAGAACUAAUCACCCUUGAGGACCUCGAGGAAACGAAGGAUCAUCAGGCCGACGUAAUCGACCAAUCUUCCAGCCUCGAAAGACCGAAACGAACGCUUUUGCUGAAAAAAAAAUUACUCGGAUUAGGCGCUCUGGGUCUCGGUGUUGGAUUUGGUGUCGGGGCGAUCAAGGGGUGGGUGCGCGAUAACGGAUACGCCCUAGGCGGUUUCGGUGGCAGUUACGGAGGUCGUGGGGGUGGUUAUCAUGGAGGUGGCGGCUAUGGCGGCGGAUAUGGGGGUUCUGGUUACAACAAUUAUUACAAUAGUGCGCCGAUUUAUCAAAAUCGUCCCGCUGCAUCUUCGGUGCAGUACGUGGACAGGCCGGUUUACUACGAAAAACCUGUGUACGUACCGAAGCCGGUUUACGUGGCGAAACCAGUUUACGUAGAGAAAACCGUCUACGUACACGAGACACCCAGUUAUAACGGCAAUUACGGAGCACCCUCCGCAGCAAUUUCGAACAACGGAUGGGGUAGCGCGAAUGCGAACGCCAACGCGAACGCAAACUCAAACGGAAACGGAUUGUACACCGGAUACGGCAAUGGAUAUCGUUCAAAUUCCUACGCCAACGGUCAAUCGAACAGUUGGAAUGCGGGUGGUAAUUUUGGGGGGGUUUCUUCGAGCCAAGCGAGCGCGCAAGCAUCUUCGGGGUGGAGUACGGGCAACGCGGGAAACGGAGGUAUUCUUCAUCCCCAGAUACGUCUACUAGGAUUAUCACAGCUGUGUACGAAGCUACAUACCUGAAUUUUAUACGGACGUAUUCUCUGGGGCAAAAUACGCCAACCACGAUCCAGAAAUUUCAUUAUUGACAUCGAUUACACUGAUCGCAUAUUCGCGAAAAUCCAUCCCAACGUGUGCACGUAUAUCUCAUACCAUUUGUGUUUUUUUGUAAUUGAAUGUUAAUUUUUUUCUCUGGGAAAAAGAAAAAGUAAAUCUAUGAUACACAAAAUUUACAAAUCAAAAUUAUACAAACCUUGUAAUAAAUAAUCUCAUAUAAUUUUUUGUACGAAUCAAUAAAAAUUAAAAAAGAAAAACUCCAAAUGAUUAACAAAAAAUAAAAA